AGCAAGCGCUGAAAGCAGAGCAGUUCAUAUCGUGAAGGGCUGGAAAACAGCAGCUUCAGUCCAUAGAGAAAGGAGGAGGAAAAUCCAAAAGGAGAAAGAGGUGUUUGCCAUAAAGAUAGGUAAGAGCUGAAACACUUUCCUGUUCGACUUACUGACUCAGAGGGUUGCUAACAAACCCCACAGGUGUGGCCAGGUGACACACAUUAUACCUGACUGCUCGGACAUGUGCGUCUCUGUGAGAGGGGCAAAGCGAGAAAGAACCUGUUUGCUGUGAAUUUGAACAUCAGAGAAGGCAGGAGGGCACUUUGUUCCUCCUCCCUGCCAGGGGCUGCUCAUGGCAGGACAGACAUCCACUUCAGACUGCUCUCAUCUCAUUGACCACAGCCAUGUUCAGGAGUUUGAGGUGGCUCUGUGGAUCAAGAUCACUUUGGCCUUAGUCUACAUCUGCAUCUUUAUUGCGGGCAUCUUGGGCAACAGCAUCACCAUCAAGGCCACCAGGAUCCUGCAGAAGAAGGGCUACUUGCAGAAGGAGGUCACCGACCACAUGGUGAGCCUGGCCUGCUCUGACCUGCUGGUCAUCCUGCUGGGCAUGCCCGUGGAGUUCUUCAGUGCCAUCUGGAGCCCCUUUUCUACCCCCAAUGGCAACAUUGCCUGCAAGCUCUACUACUUCCUCUUUGAAGCCUGCAGUUAUGCCACUGUGCUGCACGUUGCCACCCUCAGCUUUGAGAGGUACAUCGCUAUCUGCCACCCCUUCAAGUUCAAGUCUCUCUCUGGACCCCGCACGGUGAAGCUGCUCAUCGCCUUUGUCUGGGGGACAUCUGUCUUGGUGGCUCUGCCCCUGCUCUUUGCCAUGGGCACAGAAUAUCCCCUGGAAAUCGUCGAGGGCUACCAAAGUACGAUGGCCUGUGUCAGACCUACUCCCAGGCACCUCAUACCUGAGCUGAAGUACAACAUGACCAUCUGUACCAGCCUCUCUUCCAAGUUUCCUCUCUUUCAAGCCAGCAUCUUCAGUGCCUUUGCUGUGUACAUCAUAGUGCUGGGAUCUGUCACCUUCAUGUGCCAUAGCAUGAUGAAAGCCCUGAUGAUCCACAAGGAAGGAACUGUGGCAGUGAAGGGAGGACAAAAGCACCAGAAGUAUCUAAGAAAAAGUGAGAGCUCAGAGGGCAAGAGCUCCAGGAGACAGAUCAUUUUUUUCCUGGGGCUGAUCAUUGCCACUCUGGCGAUAUGCUGGAUGCCAAACCAGGUGAGAAGGAUCAUGGCAGCUGCUAAACCGAAGCAGGACUGGACUGUCCCCUACUUCAGAGCGUACAUCACCCUCCUUCCCAUCGCCGACAUCUUCUUCUACCUCAGCUCGGUGGUGAACCCCCUCCUGUACAACAUCUCCUCGCAGCAGUUCCGCAGCGUGUUCCUGCAGAUCCUGCGCUGCCGCCUGACCAUCCAACACGCCAACAGGGAGAAGUUCCUCAGAGCCAACCAGAGCUCCAGAGCGCGGAGCAGCCGGUCCCUACGCCCGCUGCUCUUCAUGUCGUCGAGGCGCAAUUCUUCCACCAAGGGCAACACCAAAGUUUUCCUAAGCACCUUCCAGAAGGAGCCCAUGCCUGACUGCAGUCCACAGAAGCCAGGUCCUGAAUCACCAGAGCCCAGCCUGGAAGCAGUGUCCCUCGAGACUAGCUCAGAGCAUGGUCCAGACGCACAGAACGGCCUUUGUGAACAUCAAGUAUGA